AUGGCGCCCAAGGACAAGAAAGCAAAGGCCGAGAAAAAGGCCCAGAAGGCCGCAAAACAGAGCAAGAAAACCACGAAGUCCGAAAAGAAGAAAAGUGCAAAGCAGGCUGCUCUAAAUGCCGAUUCGGAUGACGAGGAGGUUGACCUUGACGCCGUGCUAGCUGCGUAUGCCGAAGAACAGGCAAAGUUCCUCAAGGUGACAGAGCAGGCCUGCCGGCCUCCUGGACCCAGGUCAUCUAGCACGAUUGUUGCAUCGCCGUCAAACAGGAACGAACUCUUUAUUUUCGGCGGUGAGUACCACGACGGCACCGUUGCAUCCUUCUACAAUGAUUUGUUCGUCUAUCUCAUCGACAAAGGUGAGUGGCACCAAAUCGUGUCAGGAAAUAGUCCUCUACCCCGAAGUGGUCACGCUGCCUGUCGAGGCGGAAACACCGGUGGGAUCUACAUCUCAGGCGGCGAGUUCUCAUCACCAAAGCAGAAUCAGUUCUACCAUUACCACGAUUUUUGGCACCUGGACACCGACUCUCGAGAGUGGACAAAGCUGGAGCCGAGAGGCAAAGGAAGGAUACCGCCGGCUCGGAGUGGGCAUCGCAUGACCUAUUUCAAGAACUACAUCGUCCUGUUCGGCGGCUUUCAAGACACGUCCCAGCAGACGAAGUAUCUCAACGACACGUGGGUGUAUGACGUUAAAGAAAACACGUGGCACGAAAUGAAAUAUACAAGCACAAGCCAAAGACCAGACCCACGAUCAUCGUUCAGCUUCCUUCCGCACGAGUCCGGCGCCGUCCUCUACGGAGGCUACUCCCGUGUCAAAGCAACAACAAGCAGUGGGGGCGGCGGUAAGCAAGGUGGCAAGAGCAGCGGCGGAGCAGUCCGUAACGUCAUCAAACCGAUGGUCCAUCAAGACACAUGGUUCUUGCGCAUCACUCCGCCACCUCCCGACGCAGCAAGCGGGACACCACCGACCCUCCGUUGGGAACGACGAAAGCAACCCGCCAAUAGACCCAACCCGCCCCGUGCCGGCGCCACGAUGACCUACCACAAAGGUCGUGGUGUGUUGGUGGGAGGCGUCCACGACGUCGAAGCCAGCGAGGAGGGCAUCGACAGCGAAUUCUUCAACGAAAUGUUCGUCUGGAACAUUGACCGCAACCGAUUCUUCCCACUUGCGCUGAGACGGCCGAAAGCAGGAGGCCCCAAGAAACAGACAGCACAGCAGCAAUCUCGAGGUCGCGACCGCGGCAAAGCCGACGAAGAAGAACUCCUCCGCAACCUCGCCGCACUCGAGACCACAGGCUCAAUCGCCACAGAGGACAGUGACAUGACGCUUGUAAAUGAAGACGACCAGCCCGAGCCCGAGCCCGAAAAGCCGCGCAAGGAAUACCUCGUCCGAUAUGAAAUGCCUCACCCACGCUUCAACGCCCAAUUGACAGUGCAAGACGACACGCUCUAUAUCUUCGGCGGGACGUUUGAGAAGAAAGACGUCGAAAUCACAUUUUCCGACCUCUACGCCAUCGAUCUGGGCAAACUCGACGGCGUAAAGGAGCUCUUCUACGUCGAACCCCCCAACUGGAACGUUACGGUCGAAGAAAGUGACGAGAAUAUGGACUCGGACAGUGACGAAGACGAAGACGAAGACGAAGAUAUGGAAGACGAAGGAGACGCCAUGUCCACCGUGACAGAUACGCCGUCUCUCGCGAAGUCGAUUCCCACGCCCUCGACAGAGCGCACCAUUCCGCCUCCCUCACCGGCCGCUGAAGAACCCGAACCCGACUCCUCCACCCUCGCGUCUCAGGAUAACCUCCCCUUUCCCCGCCCCUUUGAAUCUCGCGCCACAUUCUUCAACCGCACCUCUCAAGACUGGCAGAACAUGAUCAUCCAGAAACAAUCCUACGGCGGGGCGGCGCAGGUGGCGGCCAUCAGCGCGGAGCAGACGAUCAAAGAACUGAGGAAGAAAGCAUUUGAGAUGGCCGAGGAGAGAUGGUGGGACUGUCGUGAGGAGGUCACGCGUUUGGAGGAUGAGCUCGAGGAGGGCGGCGUGGGCGAGAUCGUGAGCAUGGCGGACCGGGGCGCGGAUGCUGGCGUGGGCAGGCGACGAUGA